AUGCCGCUCGUCCGCACGCUCGCCGUCCCGACCCGAUCAUCUUCUUGUUCCUUCUCCUCGCGUGAUGCGCCGUCUAUCCCCCCCUCCCCCCUUUUCCCCUCUUGCCCCCUUCCCCGGUUCUAUUCGCCCGCGCCAUUCCCUCCUCAUUCGCCUUCCGCGUUCAGUUUUUUUUCGCUCCCGCCUCCUUCCGCUCCCAAUCCCGCAUCCCUCCAUUUCGUGCACCAUCGGAUCCUCUUUGCUGUUUUGCAACGCUGCCUAAGCCUACCUUUCCCCUCUCCACCCCCCCAUUUUCCCCCCUCCCUCUUUCCCCCUUCCCCUUUCCCCCCUCCCCCAACCCCUCCCCUUUCUCGCUGGUUUGCGUCCUCCCAGCCGUUUUCCGCGCAUUUCCCUCCUCCCUCCCCACUCCCCCCUCUCUCUCCCCCCUGCCCCCUCUCUUCCCCCCCUGCCCCCUCUCUUCCCCCCCUGCCCCCUCGCGCCCCCGUCCCUCUUCUCCUCUUCUCCUCCACUUCCCUCCCCGCGUCCGCCCUCCGCCCUUCCCGCCCUCCUCCCGCCGCCCGUCCGCCCUCCGCCCCUCUCCACCGCCCUUCUCCCGCCACACUACCGUUCCUCACCCAUGUGCACCGAUCCUGCCAUUUCUCCCUUCCCGCUCUUCUCUCCCCCCUCCCCCUGUUUUCCCCCGGCGCGUUUCCCCUCCCCGCCUCCCCUUUCUCCCUCGUCGCGAACCCCCUCUCCCCGUUUCCCCACUCCCCUUCUCUAGACGCGUCCACGUGGCACUUCGCGGCUCCAAUGGCCGCCGUCCCCGUCAGCAUGAGCGGGCGCUCCGUGCUCGCCACGUCAGCCAGUUUGAGGCAACCCGCUUCCACACACAGGGGCAACGAUGCCUCAUUCUUGCGCCUCUCGUUCGCGCAUUCGCAUUCAGUGUCCCUCUCUCCUCUCCGCCGCACCAGCUCACCUACCCUCUCUGCAGCAGCCGCUGCUGCAUCAUCGCCUGCAGCACCUGUCGUGCCGGUGCUAGCAGCAAAGGGCGGCCCGAAAAAGAACUUCAAGAAGACCAAAAAGCCAUCUGCUGAUCCUGCUGCUGCUGCUGGGGAGGCUGCUGCUGAUGCUGCUGCUCCUGCUGCUGAGGAAAAACCAGCAAAGGCCCCUAAGGCUGCCAAGGCUGCUAAAGCUGGCAGCAGCAACAGCAUGAAAGGCCGACCGGCGGUGGAUUUCACGACUGAAGCCAUGACAGACAGCAGCAUCACGGUGCGGGUGGACGUGGCGGGCAGUGAGACGGCCAUGCUCUUUGACGGCACGCUACGCUCGCUAGCCAAGGAGUGCCCGCCGCUGCCCGGGGCCAGGCUCGGCAAGGGAGUUCCGUUCACCCUUUCUUUUUGCUUCGCCCUUUCGUUUUUUUCCUUCCGUUCCUACCACUUGUUCCCCCCUUCCCAUUCCCCCAUCCCGUUUCCCCUUCCCAUUCCCCCUUCCCAAUCCUUCAUCCCAUUCCCCCAUUGCUUUCAACCUUUCCUUCCGCCCCUUACCACUUGUCCUUCCCUUUCCUGGAGAUGUAGCUCAUCCAACCUUCGUCCCUCUUCUCCUGAAUCGCUCUCCCCUCUCCCCGUCGCCCCUCUCCUCCUGAGUCGCAAUUCCCUUCCCUCAUGGAUUCCUCUCCCCUCUCCUUUUCUCCCGUUGUCCCUCAUGUAUCCACCCCCCCUCUCACUCAGAUCCACCCCCCCUCUCACUCACAUCCACCCCCCCUCUCACUCACAUCCACCCCCCCUAUCUUCCAAGUUGCAAUUCUCUGCUCCCACCACUGGGUGUUACCACGUCUCUCCCUGCUCCCGUGCUGCUGUUGUUUCACACCUCACACUCCCCCCCUCUCUCUCCCCCUCCCUCUUUCACCCUCCACCCACCCGCCCUCCUCCCCAUCCCUGCUCCUCCCCCUCCCUGCUCCCCCCCCUCCCUGCUCCCCCCCCUCCCUGCUCCCCCCCCCUCCCUGCUCCCCCCCCCUCCCUGCCCCCCCCCCUCCCUGAUCCCCCCCCCUCCCUGAUCCCCCCCCUCUCUGCUCCUCCCCCUCCCUUCUCCCCCCCCCUCCCUGCUCCUCCCCCGCCCUGCUGUCACAUCACAGCUCAUCACAACACCUCACAUUCUCCACCCCCCUCCUUCCCCCCAUCCGCACACCGCCGCCCUCUUCCCCAUCCCUGCUCCUCCCCCGCCCUGCUGUCACAGGUUGACAAGGCAGUGGUACUGCGGUUCCUGGGUCGCUCCCGGGUGAUAGGGUUCAUAAUCACAGAGCUUAUCACAACCUCACAUUCUCCACCCCCCUCCUUCCCCCCAUCCGCACACCGCCGCCCUCGUCCCCAUCCCUGCUCCUCCCCCGCCCUGCUGUCACAGGUUGACAAGGCAGUGGUACUGCGGUUCCUGGGUCGCUCCCGGAAAGGCGUGGCAUCAGCAGGCGACGCCAAGACCACCCAGUUGUCAGACGAGCUGCAGGCCGCGUAUGAGCCGGGCAAGCCUUUCACCUUCACCUCACUCCCACCCAACCCCCCAUCCCACCUCCUACCACACCCCCAACCCACCUCCCACCUCACCCCCACCUCUUCCCCCACCCCCUCUCAGAAAGGCUUAACAUCGGCAGGCGACGCCAAGACGACCCAGUCUUCAGAUGAGCUGCAGGCGGCAUAUGAGCCGGGCAAGCCCUUCACCUUCACUGCAGAGGUACCCUUUGUGAAGAAAGAAGACGAGGCGGCUGCUGGGGAGGGGGAAGAAGCAGCAGCAGCAGCAGCAGCAGCAGCAGCAGCAGGAGAAGGGGAAGGGACUGAGGUGUCUACCAAACGGAUCGGAUCUUCCGCGCAAGCCGCGGCAGCCGGCCCGCGCAAACCCGCCGCACUCUUGUCCCACGGUCAGCGCACGCGCUUCACCGCUGCGCCGGCGGCCGCUGGCGCUGGCGGCGGCGCGCACGGCUCUCACUGCGGGCAUGGGCGCACGCCGCCAUCCGCGCAAAUGCGCGCGGGCGCGCUGGCGGCACUGGUCGCGCUGGCGGCGCUGCUGAUUCUGUCCGAUAUCACGGGGCUUGGGCCCGCGCGGAUGCUGCGCAAGCCGCCACCCCGCCGCCCCGCCCGCAUGCGGAUGCCGCAAGGCGCGGAAGGAAAACUGGCGGAAAAUUGGUCGGAGCAUGGGAAGGGGGGAUCGGCGCAGGGGGGAUCGGCGAGGGAUGGGAGGGUAGCGGGCGCAGCAGGCUCUGGCGGAAGAGGAUGGGCGUGGGGGAGCGGAAUUGGAGGGGUAUGGGGAUGGGUGUGGGGCUGGGGGAAGGGGCGCGUGAAGGGCGGGGGGGAUGGCGCAAGCGGACGCGUGGAAGCGGGGUGGAUAGGCGGACCUGGCGGGGGGGACUGGGAGUGUACAUCCGCGGAAGGGGGGGAGUCUGGGGCGGAAGGGGGAGACGGGGGAGGGGCGGGGGAAUCCGCGGAAGUGGACAGAGAGAUCAAUGGAUGGACUUUAUCCGCGUUAGAAGCGUUUGCGAGGGAGAAUGGUGACAAUGUGACUGUAUCGAGCGGAGAUCCCAACACGUGGAGUGAUGAGAGAGCGAGGGAAUUAGAGGAGAAGUAUUAUAACGGGAAGAAGAUUCCUUUUUGGCGAGAAUAUUCGGGAGAGGGGGAUAAGAGGAGCGGGGGAAUGGUUAUAGGGCUGAAUGAGAAAGGGCGACAAGUGUGGGGGUUGGCUCAGCUGCGUGUGACUCCAGCGAAUGUGACUAUAAAGUAUGAGAGGUUGGGGGGAGGACAAGGAGGAGAAGGAGGAGGGCCGGGGCAGGGGGGAAGGGAGUUGAGGGAGGUUGGGGUGCGAUUUAGAGGCGCCACGUGGCGGCCUGCCGUUGGCCAGUGGCUGAAAGCGUAUGCAAACCUGUUACCAGCUGUUGCAGUAGAAGCGCUCUUUUUCUCAGAGACUUCCGCAAUGUCAGUUUGGUCCCCUUCGGUUCCUCCCACCCCCUCCCCGCGCACCCUUUCCCAAGCGCUUCUUCUUCUCAGAGUCAAGCCUCUAUCUCAAUGUCUUCUUGCUCCCGAGUUGACUUUUGAGUCGACUCAAAAGUCAACUCCCUGCGCGCCCUUUCCCAAGCGCUUCUUCUUCUCAGAGUCAUGCCUCUAUCUCAAUGUCUUCUUACUCCCCCUUCGUCUCCCCCCACCACACCUUCCCUCCUUCUCCACGUCUAUUUCCCUUCGCCUAUUGCCCACACCCCCUCCCCUCCCACCCUUUUCCAAGCACUUCUUUUCAGAUUCAUGCCUCGAUGUCUGUUUAGCCCCCUUUCUUUCCCCCCCAACCGCCACCCCACCUUCCCUUCUUCUCCCAAAAUGCAUCACAUUCUCUCCCUCCCUCUCCACAUCUAUUGCCCUUCGCCUAGUCCCCUGCCCACGUACCCCCCCCAACCCACGCUUUCCCAGCUCUGUUUUUAACCUUCUAGAUCCCCAUUGCUGUUCUGUGAUGGCGUUUUGUGGACACGUCGCAAAUCUCCUGUCCCCCCACUCCUUUUUCCCCACCCCCACCCCUUUCCCCUGCACCCAUUUCCCCCACCCCUUUUCCCCCACCCCUUUUCCCCCACCCCUUUUCCCCCACCCCUUUCCCCUGCACCCAUUUCCCCCACCCCUUUUCCCCCACCCCUUUUCCCCCACCCCUUUUCCCCCACCCCUUUCCCCCCACCCACCCACCCUUUUCCCCAGCACUGGUUUUCAGAGCCAUGCUGCAGUGACUGCAGUGGCAGGGGCGUGUGCAACCACGAGAGGGGCACGUGUCAGUGCCCCAUUGGGUACAAAGGCCUGGACUGCUCUCUCCUCUCGCCGCUCCCCUGCAACAUGCCUGCUUCCACCAACGCCCCUCUCGGCGUGUGGCCCAGACUGCUCUCUCCUCUCGCCCCUCCCCUGCAAUAUGCCUGCGUCCCCCAACGCCCCCCUGGGCGUGUGGGUGGUGUCUUCAUGCCCCCAUGGGGGCCUCUGUGACACCACAACUGCGCGCUGCCUGUGUGGGAACGCUACGGCCCAUCCCACUAGACCGCUGUUUGGGCCAUGCGGGUUCAACGCAGAGAAAGGUGACUGGUUUCUACACCCCAACAUCUCCAAAGUCCGCCUCACCUCUCCAAGCGCCAUGGGCUGGUGCCAGAUCGACCCUGCCCAAGCAGCUUCCGGGCAGCAAAAACUUGAGGGAGGCUCUCACUCUCUCUGCGCGUGCCCGUACGACGGGCAGGGUGGAGAAUUUUGCCACGUGCCCGUGAAGGCAUAUUGUGCUGGCGGGUGUCAAGGCCGAGGCGAGUGCCACCAAGGUUACUGCAAGUGCCAGCCUGGGUGGUACGGCAUUGACUGCAGCGUGCCAUCCCAGACCACAGCAGCAGCUCUGGCACUCACUCUCUCAUCAACAGGCGCCACUGGUGGCAGUGAAUCUAGGGGAAGUUCUUUCAAGCAUAGAGAUCACGGAGAGCACAGAGAGCAUGAGGGGCAGGCUGGGCAGGUUGGGGGGGCGGGGCAUGCUGAGCAGGUGUCACCACCACUUCCGGAAUGGUUUGGGGUGUCUGCAGAUGGGGAAACGUGGGAGGAGGUGGAGUUAGACGUGGCAGAGGAGGCGCGGGGGGAGGGAGUGGGAGGAACAGAAAAAACGGGGUCCGGUGCAGUGGUGUCAGCAGCAGCAGCAGCAGCAGCAGCAUCAGCUUCAACAGCAGCAGGGGCGUCUGCUUCUAGUGGCGCCACGUCUCUUCUAGCCCCUCGUCGCCGUCCCUUAAUCUACAUCUACGAUCUGCCAGCAGAGCUGUCCUCGCACCCUUUCCAGGGCAGGCACAGCCGGUUCUACUGCACCCCGUGGCUCUACGGCUUUCAGAACGAGACAGAGUUCAACCACGGCUGGCUGUAUGGCCUAGAGGGAGUGCUGUUCGAGGGGUUGCUGGCCAGUGUGCACCGCACCAAUGACCCCUGGCAGGCGGACUACUUCUAUGUGCCGCUGCCAGGGGCUUGCAUGACCGCCCGCGCUGAUGACUCACCCGCAUACUCCAUGCUGGGCAAGUACCUAGUGCGCCGCACCAACCUAGUGGCUGACUUCUACCUGCGGGCAUACCAUCACAUCCGCUCGCACUAUCCCUUCUGGAACCGCACAGGCGGCCGCGACCACAUAUGGCCCUUUGCAUGGGACGAGGGUGCGUGCACAGCCCCCCAAGCCAUCUGGCCCUCCAUCCUCCUCUCCCACUGGGGCAACUCAAUGCUGUCACACGCGCACUCCACCACAACAUACCCAGGGGAUUCCUGGGCCUUCCUCCCCCCCACACUGAGGGGCACCCACCCCUGCUACGAUCCGCACAAGGACGUGGUCAUGCCGGCCUUUAAGGGGCCGCGUAUGGACUUCUACCGCCGCCGCCUCUGGAAAAGGCCUCUCUCUGACCGCCCGCUCCUCUUCUACUUCAACGGUCAGCUUGGGGCAGCCUUUGGUGGUCGCCCAGAGAAAGAUUACAGCAUGGGUAUACGGCAGCGAGUGGCGCACCUCUUUGCGUCCAUUGAUAACGUGAACGGCAGCAAGGGCGAGAUGUGGGCGCCAGACGUGGUAGUCACGAGCAAGCGCAGCGACGACUACUCUUUUAACCUCUCCUCGUCUCGCUUCUGUGGGGUGUUCCCAGGGGACGGCUUCAGUGCGCGCAUGGAGGAUGCCAUGCUGCAUGGGUGCAUCCCUGUCAUUGUGCAGGAUGGGAUUCAUUUACCAUUUGAAAACUUCCUUUCUUAUGAGGAUUUUACUGUGCGGGUAGCCGAGGAGGAUAUUCCCAACAUGAUCAAAAUUCUGAGGUCACUCCCCCCACUCCGUGUGCAGCAUUUAUGGGAAGGGGUUCAGCGCAUGUGGCAGCGCACCUAUGGGAAGGGGUCCAGCGCAUGUGGCAGCGGUGGGU